AUGUCGUCGCCGCUGCUGGCGAUGCUUCUCGUGACGAGCUCGUCGCGCGGCUCGUACGUCAUAUUUCAAUGGCCGCGCAAGCCCAGCAUGGUGAAACGGUACUCCCAUGUCCGGUACUAUGCCGACACGGAGGCCGACGAGACGCCCGAGCCUGAGGACGCUGGCGACUACUUGGCCGAUGCGAGCGACACUGACAGUUACGACAGCGACUCGAGCACAACCUACUCCGAUGCGAGUUUUGAAAACGAUGCUGUGGUGAUUGGGAAUGCAGGCGACGAGCGAAGCUGGCGCGACACCUCGUGCGAGCGGAGCCGGAUGCUAUCGAGCGAGCACAGCUCGCGAAACCGAAGUGCGUCGUGCUCAAGGCGCCCACGCUUGCAAAGCAGCAUUCAUGCAGUACAGCCGGAGGAGCUUGCACGGAUAAAAUCAUACACUACGUACCUCGGCUUCGACUAUGCGGUGCUUGCCGCGAUGCUGAGCCCGAAACCGGAGCAAUGCCAUCAUAAAUUCGAGUUGAUCGUGGACGAUAUGGUUUUCCUCGGCGCGCCUGUGCUGCUGGGCCAUGAUAGCAAGACAAAAGAUACCGGCGUGCGGAAUAGCAUGACCAUGUUCAAUCUCGUCAUGGUCUUUGACCGCCCCGAUUCGCUUGCGGCCCUGCCUGGCAUGGACCACACGACGUGGAUGCAGCUGUACUAUACCCUUUUAUUCAAGCUUACCGCGGUGCUCUUUGCACAAGAAUCCAGUGCUGGCUAUGUGAGCGAGCAGAACUCGAUGCUCCUUGCUUUGCGUGACAAGUGCAUGCAAAACGGGCUCUGGGUCCGCGACUUUUUGCAAGAAGCACUGCUCGCGUCUUCCUUGGCGCGCACGAUCCGCGAGGUGCAGCGCUGCCUAGUCCGUAAUCGCAAUGCACUUGUGCAGGUAAACGGCGUGGAUGUGCACUUGCAGCUGCCUUUGCUUCUCUUGCAGCCAGAGCGAGCGAGCAAAGCAAUCGAACUCUUGCGUGCAAUUGACCUCCACGAUAUGGUCGUCCAGCGUGGCGAUGGUCCCGAGCCGCGCGACGGUCUGCGCACUUCGGGCCUUACGAUGGAGCAGAGACUCCAGGACUGGACACGCACCACGGGCCCUUUUCUGGAGCCGUGGAAAACGCUCUUGUUUCCCGAAGGCAAUUCUUUGGGCGACGAGCUCGACACCAUUCUUACGUUUGUCCAGCCACUCAUCGAGUGUUUCAGGCCGACAUUGCGCGGGAGCAAAACGUUUCUGCAGGCGUCCGAGUCGCUGCACCUCGACCUGUACAAGGAGGUGUACCCCAUGGUUCGCCAUUUCAUUUAUUAUUCAAAGGCCCAGGUCGUCGAUGUGCCGCGAAUCCAAAGCACCUAUACCGUCGACCCGACUUUGGACAUGGAUCGGUGCGUCGUACGUGUUACUUACUCCAGUAUCGUAAGUCUCAAAGCCUUGUGGAGCGCUGCAUUUCCCAUGAUGCGCUCCUUGCCGCAGUUUCUCAGCGACUUGGGCGGUGCGCCGAGACCGUUUGUGGCACAUUUUGCGCCGCGGAUCAAUCAUUCGCUGUGCUUUGAUACCCUCCUUUGGCUGCUGCGGCACAAUGUUGUAGUCCAGCUGCAUACCUACUUGCGCCUGAUUGUCACCGCGCAGGACAGGAAACGUGCCGCGUCCCUCCGCAGCGCGAAACGCGAGCUGCACGGCAAACAGCGCGAUACUGGCCUCGAGUCCGGCUCCGAAGCAGACGAAAUGCUUUUGGACGUGUUGCGCAGCCAGCGGACGACCAAGUUCCCCGAGCGCCCGGCCCUGCCUCAAUGUGGACACGCACAUCCACACAGAGUAGAAAGCAGCGACUCGAGUGGGGACGAAUGGCCGCCGGACCAUUCCCAAGGCCCUUCGCCGUUGCAGCCUUCGUCGCACCUCUCGAAAAGCCGCACCUCGACGCCGCACGAUUUGGUUGACGAGCUCGAGGCCGAUGAAAUUGAAGCUCGCAUGGACGAGCUCAAGACCCGCGCGCCGCCGCCUGCAUUGAUUCGCGAACCCGUGCGUGCGAAUCGCACGGAGAAUGAAUGGAUCUCGGCGAUGCUGGCCGGGAAACACGCAUGGUAUACGCGCUGGUUCCUACGGUACGUGCUGCACCACUAA